UGAAAAUAGGCUUCCAGGACUCGGCCGGGUCACACGACUCAACGAGUCCCAAUUUAGCCAAGUAACUAACUCAUCAUUUUUCCGUGACGGUGGAGUCACGACAGCAAAGAGAGCGACAAUGAGGAACAGCACCGUUAACGCCACGUCAUCGGCGUCACACGUCUUCUCCCGCCACGUCACGGAACCUCCUGCGAUUAAACCGGGAAGAGCAAUGGCGGAACGGUAAAUCACCAAGAGGAAGAAGAAGAAGAACAAAGAAGAAAAAACCUAUUUUCUUCAGCGAGUAGAAAAAGGGCAGAGUGAGAAAAUAAAAAGGAAAAGGAAGGAAGGAGAGAGAGAGGAACGUUGGCUUGGGAGAAAUUAUUAAUGGGGUGGGAAUCCUGGAAACAGAAAUUCCUGUAAGUGGGUUCUCUCUUCUCUGUCCCUUCUUCUUCUGCUGCUGCUGCUCCUCCUCCUCCAUCGCCAUCUCUCUCUACUCCUCCUUCCCUCUCUCUCAUCCUCAUUCUCUGUGUUCCUUCUAUCACGAUCGCGUAUUGGAUGAUCCAAGAGGAAGAAGUCGGGAAGGAAGGGGAAUUCACGCACUGAGAAAUUCUCCUCCUCUUUUUCUCGGGUGCCAAACGUGAAAUUUCCGACCUUUUCCCCUUUUUAGGGUUCUUAAAUAAAAUUUUUGUGGGGAUUUUUUUUAUUUCCUCCAAUGACUUAUAGAAAUGAUGAUGACAAUUCGGUUCCGGAGCUGAGGAUGAGAGUAGAUGAUGAUUGCAAUGGAGGAGACAACGAGGGUGUUAUGAAUAAAAUUGGGUAUAUGAGAUUGAGAGGCGAGGAUGGAGUGGAGGAAGAAGGGCUUGAUGAUGAUGAUGAUGGAGUAGGGAAACCAGGAUCUGGUUUCUUCUGUUGGAGGUGGAGUUGGUGUGUCGUUUGGUAUUGGGUUAAGCUUGCUGCUCUGUUUGCUUGUUUAGGUGGCUUGGCUUUCGUUGUGCUCAAAUGGGUUGGUCCCUACUUCAUGGACAAGCAAAUCAUUCCCAUCAUCAACUGGGAGACGACAACCUUUAGCACUCCAGAGCUGGCACUUCUAGUCUUCUUUUCAGUCGCAUUCUUCCCAACCCUACUCUUGCCGUCUUCACCUUCUAUGUGGGUAGCUGGAAUGACUUUCGGUUAUGGCUAUGGAUUCUUAUUGAUCAUAGUUGCAAUCACUGCUGGAAUUUCACUUCCAUUUUGCAUUGGUACUCUGUUCCUUCAUAGAAUUGAGGGAUGGUUUGACAAAUAUCCAAAGCAGGCUUACAUACUGAGAGCAGCUGGUGAAGGGAAUUGGCUCCACCAGUUUCGCUCAGUGGCUUUAAUACGAAUUUCGCCGUUCCCUUAUAUUCUAUAUAAUUAUUGCGCUGUUGCAACGCAUGUCAAGUAUGGUCCUUAUCUGCUGGGGUCUUUGGCGGGCAUGGUUCCGGAGAUAUUUGUUACCCUCUACACAGGGAUCCUUAUACAGACACUGGCAGAUGCUUCACAGGACGAGCACGAUCUGUCAGCAUCACAGAUUGCUUUCAAUGCCAUUGGCUUCUGUUUCACGGCAGCCACCACGGCGUUCUUCACUCUCUACGCUAAAAAGCGGCUGAAGGCACUGCAAGACGAACCUCUUUUGGCAUAGCUUCCUCUGAUUCUUGUUUCCUGGUCCAGUAAAGGAGAGAAAAGAAUGUUGCAGCAGCAACACAAGACAGUCACAGCAGUUUGCAUGUAUAGUUUUGAGAUGAUUGAAGCAGCAGGAUGAUGAAAUUUAGCAUCUUCUUGUUGAAAUAACUUCAUCUGUACACAGAAGGGUGCACAGUACGGGAGCCUGAUCAUGAACAGCGGUGUGUAUAGCAGCGUGGGACAGGAAAUCUGAAGGACAGGCAUCUAACCUAGUAUAGAAACCAGCUUCGUUUUUGCUUGUUUUUUUGGUUUUGCUAUCUGCUUCCAUUCUGACUUCUCUCUUCCAAAUUCUUUAUUUCUUGCUUUCUACCCCCCAAUUGAUCCUUGUAUAUGAUUGAGAUGUACCCCUGAAAAGGGCUGAACCUGGAAAAUCUAUCAAAAUUCAGAAGUCUGCUUGACUUGUGAGUCAAAUUUUAGGUGUGCAAAUUAUGCAGACGGCAAUGGUUCUGCAACACAAUCAUUGAAGUCGAUUAUUUGUUUGUGAUCUGAAUAGUUUGUCGUUGGAAAAGCUGGUGAUGGAAAUGGUCGGAGCAGGGCCACGAUGGACAGGGCCACAGGGGUUUGGGCCAGAGCUUGUAAUGCUGAUAUCCUUCGGCGUCAGCCCAACGGUCUGGCCUCUCUUUUGGGCUUAGUAUGGCCACAGAAGCUGCACACUGUGUAGGCCAUGGCACCUUGAGUGAAUAUUUGUUUCUACUUGGAACAAAAUUAACUUCACCCUUUG